AAAGUAUAAUAAAGAAAAGUUUCAUUGGCCGAUCAUGUCCUGAUAUGAUAAUGACAAACCGGGCAGCAUAUAGUGGUGUUAAUUUUGCAAACGCAACCAAUUGCCAAAACACAGAGAAAUCGUUUAAAUUGCGGCGCAUCCACGACAACAACGACGACGGGGGCAACAAUCGAUGUGAAUUUAAAACGCAAACGCGAAGUGCAUGAAAUUUGCAUUACACUUGCAAAUUCCAGCACCUAUUCCGCUAGCAACGCUUCGUGGUUGACUAUUCGGCCUACCAGGCUGUCUGCCUUUCGUCCGCUACGCUCCUCCUGCCCGCCUGUCGCACUCGCCGUUUUUAAAUUUCGAUUCGCAUUCGCUUUCUCCAAGGCAACAACACAAUCACACAAUUGCACUUUCCUGCCCUGCGCCUCGACCGAACAAACGUCCGCCCACCGCAUAUGGCCCUCGUCGUUUGUUUUGCUCACCCACACUCCAACUUAUUCACCGAAACAUAAAUAAACGAAAUUCCAAGUAGCUCAGGGUAAAUUUGAAGCUAGCGUUAUAAUUACAGCUAAUAAACAAAGUCCACGGCGACGGUCGGACCAGCAGCAACAUUACAGCUAGCAUCGACUUCGGCGCCGUCAUUUCAAUCACUCAGCCAUUGGAUUAGGUUGCAGCAUUAGCUGCACCCCUACAACUGCUACUGCUGUUCGCCAUCGCUGCUGCUUCCUCUCGUUGUUGGACGGGGGUGCAAUAGCAAUGCUGGAUAGGCCACCAUGGGUUCACAGACCUUGGAGAUACUGCGCCAAGGCGUGUGGGCCUCACUGACCGGCGGCUAUUUUUAUGAUCCGCAUCAGGGUGUCUUCUGCAAUGUGGUGCAUCUCUAUCUAUGGCUCUACUUGCUCUGCUCACCAUUUGUCGCGUACUUGUACUUUCCGAGCACGUGGCUAACAUGGUGCGUUUAUUGCGUGCUGACCAGCUGCACCAUAUUGCUAGUGAAACUGAUCAAUCUAGCCCUGCAUCGCCUCUACGAUCGCGCACAGACCAUGUCCGAAGUGAAUCUGAAGAGUCAAUUCUUUAAGGUUACUAAGGAGACGGAACCACGCGAUGACGAAGGCGGAAUUGAGAUGAAAGUUAUGGGUGCCGGCGGCUCACGUAUGUCCGUUGAACAGGCCAUCAAUGAGGCCAGCGAAGAAAACAGUAUCAUGUCUAUUGACAAUGGGAACAGCAUCAUUGAUCUCAAAGUAGACGUGCAUCGCAAAAACAGCUCCGAGUCCAUAGAGCUUAUGUUCUAUGCGCCCUCCGUGUUCUCCGGUGGAAGCCAGCAGGAUCAGCAAUCGCUAGCAGGCUCGGCAAGUGUCAGCAAGUCUAUUCGCUCGGCCAGCGCAGGAACCAGCGGAGCAGCAAACAGCAGCAAUAUAUCCGCCGACAUGUUUAGCAGAUAUUUGUCUGUCUAUCCGGAGCUGGUCGAAGGCGGUGGAAGUAGUGCGGGCAGCGCAGAUGGUGGCAGCAGCGGAGGCGAUAGCAACAUUGUAGUGCCAACGACUUCGACCACUCAUGGACGAACCGGACACCUGUCACGCAAGUACUCCGAAGUAAUUAGUCGACGUCACCGCCAACGUCUGGAGCGACAGAGCAGCCUAGACGCAGCUUCUGCUGCUGCCGCUGCCGCAGCAUCGACGGAUGCGUCUAAAUUGAUGCGAAAUCAAUCGGAUACGAUCGCCAUGGCUUUGAGUGGAGGAGCUCAGGUACGUAACGAGACGUUUCUGCACUCCCAAGUGCACAAUGUGCCGCCAGCAAAGAGUGGUACGAACAGCAGCUCGCAAAAUCGCACGUCAAAUGCACCGCAACAUUUCAUCGCCACGACAUCAAAUACACCACCAUCUGCAAAUGCCGUCGAGCCCGGUCCCGGCUCUAAUUCCUCCUCCAUUGUGGUAGUGGCGCCCAUAUCAGGGUCCGGUUCAGGCUCACGUGUGUCCCGCCUACAGCGACAUCGCAGCUCUGAAACGCACGAUGAGCGCCUAAAGCACCAGAAUCGUGGGCUCUUUCAGCCAAUGCAUCAUCAUCAUACCUACCGCGAUCAGAUGCGCCCAAGUCCCAGAGGUGUGUUCAGCAUUGGCGCAUAUGGAACUGUAGAGGAUAUGGAACUGGGUUUGGGUCGCAACUCAGGCGUUGAUGAAGACGCUUGUUCUCGAGCGCUUCAAUCCUGGAUAUUGGAUUCAUCUUCUGAUGUGUACCUGGAAGAUGAUAGCUAUACCAAAUCAGAUCUGGGCAUUGAGCAACUGGAAAACCAGAAGCAACAAUAUCCACAUCAACAGCAAUUUCGUGUGCCGCACCACCACCACCUGCAUCACCAUCUCAGUGGCACCAUCAUACGCAAGGAUCCCACCAGCACAAUGUCGGCUCUGCAGCUGUCUGUAACAGCGCCAAGCUCUGGCAGCGGCAGGCUGGAAGCAGGAAACUCACAAGCCGAGUCUGGUACCACCUCCAAUAACAACAAUGCAAGUAGCGCCGCCAGUGGUGUAGGCGGUGGCAGCGGUGGCGGCGGCAUGAAGAGACGUCGACAUUCCAAUGCCACCAGCUACCACAAGCACAGCUCGCAGGCUUUUAAGUCUGCCCUGCUUGCGGGUGGUCAUCAGGCAGGUGGUGUGCGUCGCAUCAAAAGCGCCGCCCUCGAAGUGCUUUGCCCGCAACCUAGUGUCUCGAAUCUGAGUCCACAUCCGAACAGCGUCGAGGCCAUUAGCGGGCAGCAGCAGCUACGCAAUCCGUUGCCUCCGCCCAGCAAAAGCCUAGUGCGGAAUCAGCAUUUGAAUCUUUAUCCGCGUCUGUCAGAUCAGAGCUAUACGGAGGCGGGCAGUACAUGCAGUAGUCUGAUUUUUGGAACAUCCAGCGCCUGCGGCUCUACAACGGCGCUCAUCGAGCCACCCGUGUAUCCUAUUGUAGAGCACUCAGAUGAGAAAACAUCGCUGGACAUGACGCACGACGAGCUGGACAGAGCAGCAGGUGAUGAGAAGCCAAGCGCUACUAUUGGUGAAGGCCCCAAAAUGUCGCCAUGCGAAGUACAUGUCGCCGACGAUGACGACGAUGAGUUGGACGAUGUACCAAUGCGGCGACGCACCCGAGCCCUCGGCUGCAGUCGGACGCACCACAGUGCCGAAUCGGAUGUGGGUGGCAUACUGGCCGACGACGAUGACGAUGUAUUCAAAGACUUUGACGGCAACCUGGAGCACAUGCUCAACGCGAUACAGCAUACGAACCAUCAGUUGCACGACGUGCUUAAGAGCUGCGACAUAUCCAGCAAGGUUGGUAACGCCACCGUAUCAGAGCAACGGAACGCCACAUUUCUGGUGGAUGACGAUGACGAAGAGACGGACAACAAUACCGGAUCGCGUUCACCGCUGCUGAGCGAACGCAAUCGUCAGCAGCAGACGGCACGUGAAGUGGCCGCCGAUAAGUUGCUGCGAGAGGAGAUCCAAGGCACACAGGGCGUAGGCAAAGGUAUGCAGCCAACGCCGGCAGCAGCUGGCGGACGCAGUCAACUCAUACGCAGCGAAGCGGACUCUGGUUGUCCGUCCAGCGAUUGCGAACAGGUCAGUGCCAGCUCCAAAGAUCAACUAUUGGCCGGCAUCGAGCCUCAGGGUCAACAGGUCGUGGUAGUCGGUCCCGACGAGGAGCAGCCCAGCACCUCAAAAACGGCCACCAAGAGUCUUGGCGCCAUACCUAAAGUGGUGAAGUACCGCGAAGUGGAUGAGCUAGGCAAUGGCAGCAGUUCAGGCAGUCAGCUGCAUCGUAGACGCGGUGGCUCCGGAUCUGGAGGUGCUUCACGACUAGCUCAGGAUUACGCGACAAGCCGCUGGACAGUACAACAACAGGAUGCGUCCAAUGAGUUUGCGUUGGUAAGCACCAAGCCAUCCAAGAUGAUGCCCAGUGCGUCGCGCACCUCUUCCUCAUCGAAUUCGACGCACAGCAUCAGCCUCACUGAAAGCCUUACCGCUGACAUUCACAAAAUGCUGUGGCUGAUGCAUGGAGGGGCGGUUGAUGACCGCGGUCGUCCCAUUGCGGGAAUUUCCACAGAUGGGACGCCCAUACCAGCCAAUCCGAACAUUGUGCCCCCAAAUAUGUCCAAUGCGCACUUCCAGUUCUAUCAGGACGCUAUACAGGCGCUCCAAGGCACCUGUCCGGCUGUGGAGAAUUUGGUGCACAUCGAGCGCGCUCUGUCGCGGGACAAACUCCGACUAGAUGCCAAGCAGUUAUCGGAGCCAACAGCGGACAGCAGCGUACACAGUGCAUCGCAGAUGACGACGAGCACGGUGUCCGCCAGCGCCAGUGCCGCCUCGCAAGCGCCAACGCUGGGCAUGCUUAUGUCUUCCAACUCGGCACUCAAUUCGCGUGCCACCGGCGGGGGCGGUAGUGCUGCUGGUAGUGGCGGUGGGAACCUCUCUGUGCAGGGCCUGAUCAAAGUGAUAUGCAACGAGCGUAAUGCCGGGCGCAGCAUGUCUAGCACACUGGAGGCACUGCACCAGCACCAUCAGCAACAACAACAGCAACACAUUGAGGCUGCCAGCAGCAGCCUGACAGGUGCUGGCGAUGGGCCUGGCACUAAUGCAAGCAAUCAGGCCAGUCAGCCGGGCAGCAAUGCCGGAGUACCAAUGCUGAAUGUUGACGGACAUUUCGGACCCUACUGCGACUACUGGCGACCCGCUUGCCUGCUGUCGGCUGAGAAGCCGGCUGUGCCCAAGAGCUUCUACAAAUAUCGCUUCAAGUGGUGCGGUCACGAGCACGAAUUCAAGAUUGCUAUGGACCGACUCGAGCUGCUGGCCCUUUUCGAUCGCGACUUACACUGGCUGCAUGUGCUGCUCGCCUGCGCACUCUGUACACUGGUCGCGUUCCUGGGCUCAGCCAUCCUGCAGCACAAUUACUACAAGGAUCUGUGCGCGUUCCUCUUCUGUGCUGUGAUCGCGGGCGCGCAAUAUUCGCUGGUGAAGAGCGUGCAGCCGGACGCCGCUUCGCCGGUUCAUGGUUUCAAUAAGACGGUCGCUUAUUCGCGCGCCAUCUACUUUAGUUUGUGCGCUGGCCUGCUGCUGUUACUCAAGCGUCUCGACAGCGAAUAUGCGCAGGAUCCGCCCAAGGACUUUGUCUUCUUCGGUCUGCGGUACGCGCCCGCUGAUGUUGUCAGUCUGCUGCUGCAAGCCACCUACCAUAUAUUACUCUGCUUCCCUCUCAUCUUCUCCGUGGGCCUGUGCCCGCAGAUCAAUACGUUUCUGAUGUACCUGCUGGAGCAGCUGGAUAUGCAUGUCUUUGGCGGCAAUGCCGCCAGCAGUCUUCUGGGCUCCUUUCUAUGCCUGUUGCGAUCGCUGUUGGCUGUUAUGCUGCUCUAUGGUCCUCUCUAUGCAGCGCUAGAUGAGCAUCGUGGAACACAAUACAUACUCUUCUCGAUCUUCUGUGCCAUGCUCAUACCAUUGGGCUAUCAUUUGUCAAGAUCGGCCAGCGAUUUCAGUCAUAUAUGGCGGCUGAUCAAGACUUGCAUUGUCAGCACAUAUCGGGACGAUGACGAGGAGCUGAGCGCCAAUUCGGCUAGUCAAAAUGGGCAACAACUGGCCACGAGCACACUCAAGGCUGGCUCCAAGCAACAGCAGCAGAGCGAGUCAAUGGAGCAGCAGACACAUGCCAGCGGAAAGGAGAGGCAGGAGCAUGUGAUAAGCUCGACAGCGAACAGUAAUGAGCACAUUGAGCUUAGCUCGCUCGAGAAACUGGCCAUACAGGAGGACGACCCCCAAACGCAGCUGGAGCACAAGCACUGCAAGUCGAAGGCCUCCUCAUUGGGCAGCAGCCAAACUCUAGCAAAGACAAUAUCGAGCAGCAAGCGCGCUAUUACCGCUUCUAGUUCCUUUGCUUCGAUUGGAGCGGCCGAAACCCAAGCGAACAACGAAACCUCCGAUUUUCUGCAAGGGGAUGAGCAACAAGAAGAAGCAGAAGCGGGAGCAUUGGGACGCAGAGUUGCAGCCCAGGAGCAAGAUGCCAAGUCAGUGGAAACGCCCAGUCAUGAGAACACUGCCGCUACCGAUGCUGGAAAUGAUGCGGCUGCGACUACAGCUACAACGACUGCCGUUGCAGGCGCCAUCAUUACCGGCACAGAAACGAAAACUGCCAAUGAGCUGCUUUCCCACGACACCGACGACAAAAUCUCCAGCUCAUCCACCACCAAUCCUGGUGACAUGUCCACCCUAACAGCGGGCGGUGGCACAGCCACAGAUGCCACGCCUGCAGGCGUCCUCAGUGUCGAGCAUACGACGGCCGACGGUGAUGGUGAUCCCAAUGCCAAUGAGAGCAGCGAACUGCCCGAUCCCUUGCCCCGGAAACUUCAAGCGACGAUUAAUACACGCCUCAAGAACGAUUUUGUGGUGAUGACGCUGCUGGCCGUCUGCGUUCUAGGUCUCCACUGUAGCACGGUCUUCACAGUGCUUCAGCCCGAUCUGAAUGUUGUGCUGUACGCAUUUAUUGGCGUCCUGGGAGUCCUGUUGCACUAUGCCGUGCCUCAGAUGCGAAAACACAUGCCUUGGCUGUGCUUCGCACGACCGCUACUACGUCAAAAGGAGUUUGGGCAGUUCGAGGUACUGAAUGCACCCCAAAUCAUGUGGUUCGAGAAGGUGUACAUAUAUCUGUGUGUUCUGGAGCGGAACGUCCUCUUCCCACUCCUGGCAAUAUCAUCACUGACCGCUGACUCGCAGGCGAUUGCGGACAAAUUUGGCGUGCCUUGGGGAACACUCAUCGUGGCUGUCUGCGCGCUGAAAUUUGUGCGCAAUGCCUAUUCGGAUCCAACGAACCAAUACUUGAUCGUCAUAUUCACUGUUCUGCUUUUUCGUCGCGACUUUUCGACGGCGACGGAAACAUUCAUCAUAGAUUAUUUCUUCGUAUCGCUCGCCUUUCGCAAAUGCUGCGAUUUUCUCUUGAAACUACAAUUUAUCGUCACAUACAUUGCGCCCUGGCAGAUCACUUGGGGUUCAGCUUUUCAUGCCUUUGCGCAGCCCUUCAGUGUCCCUCACUCCGCCAUGCUUUUUCUGCAGGCAGCCAUUUCAGCUGUGCUCUCCACACCUUUGAAUCCCUUUCUGGGGAGUGCCAUUUUCCUCACCUCAUAUGUGCGUCCCAUUAAGUUCUGGGAGCGUGACUACAACACACGUCGUAUCGAUCACUCCAAUACACGUCUAAGCUCUCAAUUGGAACGCGAUUUAGGCGCCGAUGAUAAUAACCUGAAUAGUAUUUUCUAUGAGCACCUCACGCGCUCAUUGCAGCAUUCCCUGUGCGGCGAUCUCCUAAUGGGCCGUUGGGGCAACGUGAAUCAGGGCGAUUGUUUUGUGCUCGCUUCGGACGCUUUGAACUGUCUGGUACACAUCAUAGAGCUGGGCAAUGGACUUUGCACAUUUCAGAUGCGCGGUCUGGAGUUUAGGGGCACUUACUGCCAACAGCGCGAGGUCGAAGCCAUCACCGAGGACGUGGAGGACAAUGAUGGUUGUUGUUGCUGCGAUCCAGGACAUUUGCCGCGUAUGCUUAGUGCCAAUGCUAUGUUCUCCACACGCUGGCUCGCCUGGCAGGUGGUCGCUGCUCAGUAUGUGAUCGAGGGCUACUCCAUAUCAGAUAAUCUGGCCAGUGCUACACUGCAGGUAUUUGAGUAUCGAAAGGUGCUCAUUACAUACUACAUAAAGAGCAUCAUCUAUUAUGUUGUGAAGAACCCGAAGCUGGAGCAAUGGUUGGCACCGGGUCCCAUCCAGGACGCCUUGCAGCACACAUUGAGCCGUCAAUUUGUAGAUCUGGAUCCCAUUUUCAAUUUCAAUCUGGAUGAGGAUUUUGACUUUCGGGCUGUGGGAAUAACGCGCUCCAGCUUCUGUUAUGUGUACCUCAAGUGGAUUAAUUAUUGUGUGGACAAGCGUAAGGAGAGUCAGAACGCCAAAGAGACAGCGCCAGCUACACCAGCUGCGGGAUCAGGAGUAGGCGUUGCCGGGGCAACAGCAACAACAACAGCAGCUGCCACAGCAACAACAACAGCAGCAACAUCAACAACAACAGCCGCUGCGACGACGACAACAACGAGUGCUCAGGCAGGGAAUUUCACAGCAUCCGGCAUGGCAAGCAACAAUGUGCCAGCGGCUAGCAGCGCAGGAGCCACUGGUGGUGCCUAUAACGAUUCGAAGAGCACUCCCAAUCUGUCCACCCACGGGGCCAGCAGCACACCCCACGCCAAGUCGCAGUCUCAGCAACAACUACGAUCGGCACGGCCACAAAAAAGCGCCACCAUGAGCGGCAGCAGCACAGUGAAUGGUGUGGCAAAUGAUUCCUCUGCCGAGCACAUGAGCAGCUCCCAAUCCUUUGCCAACAUCUCGCGGCAGACAUCAGAGAGUGCGCCCGGACUCGGUGGUUAUGUGACUUACAUGGAGCAAAACGUGUUUGUUAAACUGUCCAAGACGACGGUCAAGCAACUGCUUAAGGAGGACUCCCCACCACAACCGCCAGCUGGACGCGAAAAGCCCGCACAGAAGGUAAAGGCGGCCAGUGUGGCAAAGGAUGCGCCAUUGGUCUCCCUCUGCCUAGCGCUCGGUCUGUUGGCCCGCCGCUCUUUGGCCACCGCAUCCCAUAGUUCGCUGACGGGUGUGGAAUUCUUUCUGCAUGGACUGCAUGCUCUAUUUAAGGGGGAUUUCCGUAUCACCUCGCCACGGGAUGAAUGGGUUUUUGCUGACAUGGAAUUGUUGCAUGCAGUGGUUGCACCUGCCGUGAAAAUGGCCCUCAAACUUCAGCAGGAUCACAUCACCAAUCCGGAUGAGUUUCUCGAUCCUCAUGCACUGUACGAUGCCAUUGAUUCCAGCUCCAAGGAGCUGGUAAUCUCGCAUGAGGCAGAUCCCGUGUGGCGCAGUGCGGUGUUGCGAGGCGCCCCCAAUCUGUUGGCGCUGCGCCAUGUCAUGGAGGAUGGCUCCGAUGAGUAUCGUAUCAUACGUUUGACCAAGCGCUUCCUAAGCUUUCGGGUCAUCAAGCUGAAUAGGGAGUGCGUGCGUGGUCUGUGGGCGGGCCAGCAGCAGGAGCUCAUCUAUCUGCGAAACCGAAAUCCGGAAAGGGGCAGCAUUCAGAAUGCCAAGCAGGCGCUGCGUAACAUCAUCAAUUCCAGCUGUGACCAACCCAUUGGCUAUCCCAUCUAUGUGUCCCCGCUGACUACCUCGUAUGCAGACACAAACACCCAACUGUGCCAGGUGAUUGGUGGCGCCAUAACGCUGGAGACGAUCAGACAAACAGUGCUGGACUGGUGGCAUCGAAUCCGCGAACGCUGUCGUCAGGGCUGCAGCUCAGGAUCGGCCAUGGAGGCCUCCAUGCAGCUGGGGGCCUGCAAUUUCGGCAGCGGCGGCAGUGGUGUCGGCACCGGCACAGGCAGUAUGGGGGGUGCUGGCGGUGGUUGUGUUGCAGUAGCAGGAACGGGUAGCAGUGCUGGUGGCGAAUCUGGGGAUCUGGCUCCUGUGUUCAUUUCGGCGCCACUCUACAAUACGCUCACCGUCAACAGCUAUUAUGGCGUGCGGUCCGGGAAUGUGGCGGGCAUAGCCGGAAAUUUAGGUGGUAGCUAUGUGAGUGACAGUUUGGCGGUCGUGCGCGGAGGCUUAGCCGUCAUGCCCGUCAAGCCCACCUCCACCACCCUAAUAGCUGGUCUGCUGAACCGCGAGAGGGAUCAGGAACGCGGCGAAGCUCUGAGAGAUGUGGCCUCGGGCUCGGUGCGUGCCAGCAGCAGCGGACCACGUGGUCGAAACAAUCAGCUGCAGGCAACAACAACACGAGGACGAGAUCAUGAACGACGCGCCACAUUGCCCAUUGCCAGUGGUGGUGUUGCUGUUGGUGGUGGUGCUAGUUCGGGUGCCGGCUCAGAAGUGUUAACUAAAGAGGUACUCGGAGCGGAGCUCACUGAGAACGAGCCCGUUGGCGAGCUAAGCUACACAAGCAGUCCACGAUUCACGAAACUCUCUUCCUCCUCCGGCAGCCUAGGCAUCGGUAAUAUCAUCACCACACCGGGCGACUAUCCGCGCAAGACUAAGGGACCCAUUUGUUUGACAGCUGCCGCUCUGGUCAGCGACAGCACGGUGUUGUCCACGAGUGUGCCGCGCAAGCCGCGCAUUGAAAUUUUCAAAAAGGUCAUUAUUGUUGAUGACACAGGCAUCUACGAUUGUCUAGACAUCAUUGACGCCGUUGUAUGGCCGAGCGAACGCAUGCGUUCCAAUGGCGGUCGCCUCUCCUGGAAGGACUGGGAGCCCAGUGCCGGCAUGGUCGGACACGUGGUGCACUGCUGGGUUCCUAACCACACCGAUGCCCGUUUUCGCUCGCACAUUAAUCGUUGUGUCUACCUUGUCGAGAUCGGCGAGCACUAUGUGCCUGUCGAAGAGCUGGGACUUCGCGAAUACAAUCAAAUCAUGGGCAGCUGCGAGGAGAUGGUCAUUUCCAGGCGCAGCUCCAUCCAGCGUGACUUCCAUGAGUACAACAUGCAACUGAAGCUCGCAGGCCUUACGCCCAUAAUUGGCAGCAGUAGCAAGUCCAGCAAACUGCACAAACCCAAAAUACAGGCAGUGAGUAGCAGCAGCUCUGAAGAUGAGGAGGAGGAUGCGGCGGCGGCGGCAACGGUGGCGACAACUUCACGUGGAUUGUGCCCAUCCUUCAAUACGCUGCUCAACAUGUGGAAAUUGAUUGCAGACAAAAAGAAGCAGGCAGCGGGUACAGCUUCAGCGGAUGCCUUCGAGGGUUUCGACUUCACGGGCGAGAUACCGCCGGAACUGCUGUCGCAGCUCGAUGAGAGCAGACGCCUGCAGGAGGCCAAUGGCAUGCUGUUCGAAGCGGAAAUUGAAGCUGCGCUACAGACAGACCCGGACGCAGCGACCGAGGAGGCGAUAGCGACACAGCAGCAGCCAGAUGAGCAAAUUAGGACGAUUGAAUUGGAAGCUGUGACCACGUCAGAAGUUAAGACAGAAGUGGAGGAAGAAAAAUCUGAUGUAGAUGCCAUGUCCAUAAAGGAGGUUGAACUGGCUGGCACCUCCGAGACGGAGUCGCUGUCCGUGGCGGUGGCCAUUCCCGGCGUUGUCAUUUCUGAUGCCAUCGAGUUGGAGCCCGUCGAGGAGCAGGAAGUGAAACAACCUGACGAGCAAACAUUGUCAGAGCCAACUGAGUCACAGGAUUCGGGAUCCACAUCAGCUUCCACUGCCGUGCCGCCAAGCGAUGAACAAACAACGAACGAGUCCCGAACUGAAGAGCAUGAUCAUGAAAAUGGAACUACAGUUUAGUAAUGAUUGGUCCCAUAUCUAGGCAAAGAGAAAAAAACUAGCAACUGCAUUUGUUUGCCAGCCACACCAACAAACACACACACAUACAUACACACAUCUAAGCUUGAAUAUCAUAUUUAAGAUUCACGACUUUUUCCAUGCUUUCGCUUUUGAAGGUAAGAUAGCCCACAAAUAUUUCCAAUUUCCGGGCUGUGUGUGUCUAUAACGUAAUUCCAAUUAAUAAUUCCCCACUCUACUAACCCAACAGAUGCAUAUAUAUAGACAUAUAAAUCCAAACAACAUCUUCCUACCUUGCCCACAAGCUUACUAUUUUUUUUAAAUUAAAUCAUUAAUAUGUUUUUUUUUUCUGUAUAAGUUAAAAGUUAAAACCCACUGCGCAUGUUUUAUAAAUGUUUGUAUAUACAUAAAUUCUGUUAUAUAGGCGCGCUUUAAAA